CCCUAAUGUUAGUGUGUGACUUAUUGUAGCCUUGUUCUUCUUUUUCCUUAUUCUUCUUCUUUGUUUUGCUCUUCUGCAUGGAAUGUGGUUUGGCUUAGAUUCUUCACACCACCUACUAGGAGGGAGGACCACCCCCCUGCCCCCCAACACUCAAACCAGGCUUAUCUCCAGCUACAGUUUCCACAGAUAAGGAGGAUCUAAAUCGAGCACAACCCCUCGUUUCUCUCUCACCAAUCCACCUCAAAUUCACUUCUUGUUCUUUUGAUACAGCUAUCAGGCUUGAAAACUUCACACAAUCUAGGGUCCUUGUAUUAAUGAACUGUAAUCUCGUCUUUAGUUCAUUCUCCUUGAAGCUCUGCUUUUGAUUCAAACCAUUUUCAGAGGUGCAGUCAUCUUGACAUCGCACCUCCCUAAUGCCUUCAGCUCUUGAACUAGAAGAAACUGUGAUGGAACAGUUAAAAUUAGUCCUAAUUGCAGUAUACUUGAAUCGAUUUUUGAAAGUGAUUUGUUGUCUUAGACUGAAUGAAUCGAGAUGAGUUUUCAAUUCUUUCUAGAUAAAAUUGCAGCGCACAAACAAGGUUGGCAUGGUGGAUGGUACAUAGCAAUUGGGGCCGUUUGACAGAGCUUUCAAGUUUUAGUUUUUAACUUUUAAUUGUUGGGUUCAGUUUCGGUUUUCAAUUUAGAAAAGUGAGAACUGAUACGUUGUUUGACAACUUUGUGUUUGUUUUCAGCUUUUUAUUUGAUUUUUCUUUUUUUUUCUUCUAAAUUUUCUUUCUCACCCCUAUCAUCGCCGGCGACCAGAGGAGUCGUCGGAGGUUGCUGGCGAUGAGUGGUGGGGGAGGAGGAAAAAUUAAAACGAAAUGAAAAUAAAAAAGCGAACGCUUAUUUGGAAAAUCGAAAAUUGAGGAAGCAAACGCCAGUUUCAGUUUUCAUUGUCAAAAUAGUGAAAGUGAUUUGAAAACUGAAUGAAAAGCCCACCAAGUACCAGCCAGGCCACAUUUUCUCUUUGGUUUUCGAUUCCUGUGUGAUGAUGGUACAUGGCGUGCCUCAUCAUUGUUUGUUCCCUCAGUAAUUAUUAUAAUUUUAGACAAAGUUUUAGGUUGACAUUUAAUUUAUUGAAUGACCAUUUCUGCUGCUCUGGUCACUGUACUUUCGACAGGAGAUAAAUCGUAAUUAAAAAUUUUACUUUAUUAUAUAAGACAAAAAAUUGAACCUAUAACCAAAAAAUGCAAAUCCUAAUUUAUGGUAGCACAAUCACUUUUAACAUUUAAUUUCUUGUGGGUGCAUUUGAGGAGACAGAAGCGAGCGAUAAUCAAUCAAACUGUUGCAGCCCCUAUGGAUCAGCUUAUUGCAACAAUUUAAACAAUUAAAAAAAACGUUUAGGAUCUUGUGAAUUUAUAUGACUUGUUUAAGUGGGUAUAUUCCCAGGAUUGUAAAAUUUACAGCGAGAGUAAUUGCGAUCUCGUCUCCAAACUUCCAAACUCCAGAAUUCAACCAAUGGAGAAACGGGUGGCAAUCAUCGGAGCGGGGAUGAGCGGUAUUCUUGCCUGCAAGUACACUCUAGAGAAGGGCUUUCAUCCAAUAGUUUUUGAAGCUCAAGAAAGCAUUGGAGGAGUCUGGACUCAAACCAUAGAGUCCACUAAGCUCCAAAACACCAAAGAAGAAUUUCAGUUUUCUGAUUUCCCAUGGUCGCUUUCUGUGAAAGAAAAGUACCCCAGUAACAUCCAAUUUUUGUCCUAUAUAGAAUCUUAUGCUCAACAUUUCAGAAUCUUACCUUAUAUUAAGUUCAAUACCAAAGUCACAAGUAUAGAUUACGUUGGAGAAUCCGAUGAAGAGAUGCAGUCGUGGGAUCUGUGGGGUGGAACCGGUAAGCCCUUCAGCUCCAAGGGGAAAUGGCACAUAAAAGCGCAGACCAAUAAAACAUGCUCUCCAGAGGAGUACCAAGUUGAAUUUGUGAUUCUUUGCAUGGGACGAUUCAGUGGUCUGCCAAAUAUGCCAGAGUUUGCUCCUGAUCAUGGACCGGAAGUAUACACUGGAAAAGUAAUGCAUUCCAUGGAUUACUCUGCCAUGGACAAUGCAGAGGCAGCGAAACUAAUUAAAGGAAAGAGAAUUGCAGUCAUUGGUUCACUGAAAUCCGCAGUGGACAUAGCAGCAGAAUGUGCAAAUGCGAAUGGUGUCAAUCCACCGUGCACGAUGAUUCAAAGGACACCCCACUGGAUGUUCACCACUCGCAGUGUAUGGGGAGUGAAUUUGGGUUACUUGUACUUCAAUCACUUCGCAGAACUACUAGUUCAUAAGCCUGGUGAAGCAUUUCUGCAUAGCAUUUUGGCCGCGCUACUUUCAACUUUGAGAUGGGGGAUGUCAAAAUUUGUCGAGAGCUACCUUAGAUGGAAGCUUCCCUUGAAAAAGCAUGGAAUGAUACCAAACCACAGCUUUCUCCAAGAGAUUUCUUCUUGUCAGAUAGCUAUUCUGCCUGAAAACUUCUAUGACAAAGUGGAAGAGGGAAGCAUCAUUCUAAAGAAAUCACAGAGCUUUAGUUUCUGUGAAGAAGGAUUAGUUAUCAAUGGGGAAGACGAGCCUCUGAAAGCUGACCUCGUAAUAUUUGCCACCGGAUACAAAGGCAAUGAGAAGCUCAGAAACAUCUUCUCUUCUCCAACCUAUCAAAAACACAUAAUGAGGUCACCGACCUCCAUAGUCCCUCUUUACAGACAGAUUAUUCCUCCGCGAAUACCACAGCUAGCUGUAAUAGGAUACCCGGUGACCUUUUCGGGUUUGCACACUUCUGAAAUGGGGUGCCAGUGGUUAGCUCAUUUUCUCGAUGGAGCAUUCGAGCUGCCAAGCAUUAAAGCCAUGGAGAAUGAAGCGACAAUGUGGGAAAACUACAUGAAGAAGUACGCCGGGAGGUUUUACAGAGUAGCUUGUAUUGGAUGUAUUCAUACUUGGUACAAUGAUCAGCUGUGUAGAGACAUUGGAUGUAAACCAGUGAGAAAGAAAGGCUUCUUUGCAAAGCUGUUCCAGCCAUAUGGACCAACAGAGUUUGCAGGGCUCGGGCCUCGGUGGUCAAGUGAAUCAAAGCAUUAGCAAAAACCAAGAUGGCCAUUAUCAUAGCUGAAAGUUAUUCAGGCAAUUACCAUAUUGUGUUCACUUGUAAUAAGGGUACGUUUGUCACAACCCAAAUAUGGGGGAGUGAUUGACACGACCCCAGUAGGAUUGUGGGUCCCACUAGGAUAUAGUAAGCCUCAGAGGUUCCCCAGUUGGGACAUAUUAAAGGAUAAUGCUAUUCGGCCAGAAGCAGUACCUGAAGAAGUGGCACCCCAUAACAAAAUUACAAUUUCACCUAUAGUCUAAUUGACAGAAAUACCCCUGUUCUAAUUUGAGUCCUUCCCUCCCUUUGACGCUCAAUCUCUUAGUCUCUUCUCCCUUUUCUCUCUAUGUGUUCUCUCUUCUUCGACCCUAUCCAUUGCAAAAUCUCUCACUCUUCUCACUUGCUUCCUCUUGUGCUCUCUAGUUUGACCUUCCCUAUCGCUCAAAGACAAAUCGGCCAUAGUGCAAGCCUUCUUCUCAGAUCGAAGAAGGGUUGUCAUCUUUCGCUCGUGUGACUUCAUCUCUGGCUCUCUCUCGGUCUCUUUUAUUCUGAGACACUCUCACGUCUCCAUUGGCUCAUAUCUACAAGAAGAGAGGCUCUGAUCGUGGGAAGUUUCUGCCAGCAGUGGUCGUCGGCGGCGUUGGUCGCGACGGUUACAUACAUACAUAUUCUUACAUAUUCUGUUUUGUAAUUAUUUGAAUUUAUAUUGUAAAUAUUGAUAUUUAAUUGUGAAUUUGUAUUGAAGAUGUUGAAGUUAAAUUAAAUUU